AUGCUAGACCUGGCCUCCCGCCGCAAAAUCUGCGAAGAAACAAUCUUGCGCUCCGCCUCGCUCGCCUCCUCUCUUCCCACUGGCACCCUCACCAGCACCUUCAUCCCCUCUCAACUCCCACCCCUCCUCAAAUCCUCUCCUUCCUACCCAAACCUCUCUCUCCACCCCAUCCAGAUUCUCAAUAGCGACGCAUUCGCCCUAGCCCGGCGCUUCCAAACAACUCCCCCACACCCAUCUUCCACAGCCACCCCGAAAAUCGGUGUCUUGAACUUAGCCUCAGACCAGGAACCGGGGGGCGGCUGGCGCUACACCCUCUCCCGGACGCAAGAAGAGGCGCUGUGUUACUCGUCGACGCUAUAUGCCACGCUGCGCCCCGAAUGGUAUCCCUGGCCCAACACGGGCCCGGGUUCGUGCGCGGGAAUCGUGUCACCCGGUGUAGUCGUGUAUCGGGAUACGCUAGAUCGGGACUUGGCGGAGUUGAAGGAGGAGGAGCGGUUCAGCGUUGUGGUUUUGACGGUUGCGGCGCCGAGGUUUCCGCGGGUAAACGGGGAUCGGAGUGAGUUUGCGGAUGAAGCCGAACUGGGGGAUUUGAGGGAGAAGAUUGUGCUUGUGCUGAGGAUGGCGGCGCAGCAGGGGGUUACGAGGUUGGUGCUGGGUGCGAUGGGGUGUGGGGCGUAUGGGUGUCCGCCGCGGGCGGUGGCGAGGGAGAUGAAGGAGGUGCUUGGAAGAGAGGAGUUUGAGGGGUGGUUUGAAGUUGUGGGGUUUGCGAUUUAUGCGGUGGGAGUGGCGGGACGGAGGAAUUUGGAGGUUUUUAAGGAGGUGUUUGGGGUGGAGUAA